AAAAUUUCAUAAUGUCUUUCAUUUAAACUAUUUUCAGGUCACAAAAAUAUGACGGAGCUUGAAUUCUCAGCUGACAAUGCAGCGCCAGUUAUACCAAUCACAGCUAUAUGUAUUGUAGCCGAUAAAAAUAAAGCCCCACGCGGAUUUUUGCCUAUAAUAAAAUGUCAAGAUGACCAAACAGAAGCCGACCUUUGGAGAGAUGGUUUUUUCACAAUAAAUCGGCAGGUCCGUUACAUUUGCACAAGUACAGAAAUUCCCGAUUCAAAUAUAAAAACACCAGUACAAGUCAUAACCAAUCUCAUCAUUGUUCGCGAGUCUGACCCCAUUCCUCACGGUUAUGUGGCUAUUGAUUACACUGCCGAUAGCAGAGAAAAGUCAUUGCGUAAAAAAUAUGUGUGCAUUCGAACAGAACCACGCGAUCGUGUCGUUGACGCUAUUGGAGAGAUUAUUAUUCUUGGAAAAACGAAAAAAGUUCCAAGAGAUUAUACAUCGGCAGGAGAUAUUGAUUCGCUGCUUAUUUGCUACAAAGUAAUCUCUAUUCCUCAAACUUAUGGAAUUCAAACAAGCAAUAGCACGUCCAAUAUUGAAUCUCAAGCGGCGGGUGGUCUUUAUCCAGGUCUUCCGAAUCUUUCGAACUCUACACCAGCUAAUCUUGAUGUCACUGGAUCAUCAAGCAAUUCUGCGUUCACUAUGAAGAACGCUGGAGCUCCUCGCGUGAAAGCUAUCGACGGAAUCGACUUCAAAGUGAACCCAAUGUUUGUAAAUUCGUCUGGUUCUAAUAAUUCUUCUCAACUGCCCGAUCUCUCACAAUUCAACGAUUUGGAUAGAUUGGACGACAAAUAUAAUUAUAGUUAUGCCACUGAGCACGCCGUUCUUUCAUGAUAUCGCUUUCAUUUUUAAACUUUUGUUCAAAACGUUCCUUUUUUCUGCUCUCUUGGAUUAUUGUGUAAAAAUGUGUAUUUAUCAUUAUUUCGCUCUUCUAAACCAAUAUGAUUUAUUAUUAAAAUUUUAAAAGAACAAAAACAUGCUUUAGAAUUCCAAAAAUGAUUUUAAACAAGUGAAUGAAAGUAUCA